GUGACCAUGCUGUUGUGUGUGUCAGAAUCAAGAACGUAGCAGUAGCUGUGACUAAAGCAGCUAGACUUCACCUGUUUCAAGCACAGGAAUGGCAGAAGCUGCAGAACAGUAUCCAAGAUCACAACUGUAUAGAGAAGUUCUCUAAAGCUCAGCUGACAAUGACUGUGAACCACACAGAGCAAAAUCUGACAGUGUCCCAGAUUCCUUAUCCAGAAACAUGGUAUGUGUUUUAUGUAGACAAGUUUACCUGCGAGGAGAAUUAUUCUGAAUCCGAGGAUAUUCAGUUUGAAAUGAUCUUACUAAACCCAGAUGCAGAAGGGAAUCCAUUAGAUCACUUUAGCGCAGGGGAAUCUGGAUUACAUGAAUUCUUUUUUCUGCUUGUCCUAGCAUACUUCAUAACUACUUGCAUAUAUGCACAGUCCCUAUGGCAAACAAUUAAGAAGCAUGGACCUAUGCAUACUGUAUUAAAGGUGUUAACAAUUGCAUUACUGUUGCAGGCUGGUUCAGCUUUUGCCAACUACUUGCAUUUCUCAAGUUAUUCUAAAGAUGGAAUAGGAGCACCUUUUAUGGGAACUCUGGCAGAAUUGUGUGACAUAGUCUCACAGAUACAAAUGCUGUAUUUAUUGUUGAGUCUGUGUAUGGGUUGGACGAUAGGCAGAAUGAAGAAAUCUCAUGGCAGACCUCUUCAGUGGGAUUCCACUCCAGCAUCUACUGGCAUUGCUGUAGUAGUUGUUGUUACACAGAGCUUUUUAUUAAUUUGGGAGCAGUUUGAAGAUACAAAUCACCACAGCUACCAUUCACACCAUGGCUUAGCAAGCGGACUGCUUAUUGGCCUCAGAGUUUGCCUAGCUUUGUCACUUGCUGCUGGUCUUUACCAGAUCAUCACAGUGGAAAGAAGCACGCUGAAAAGGGAGUUCUAUAUCACCUUUGCCAAAGCCUGCAUUCUCUGGUUUUUGUGCCACCCAUGUCUUGCAACCAUUGCUGUAAUAUUCAGAGAAUAUCAAAGAGAAAAGAUUAUUACCAUGGGUGUUAUCCUCUGUCAGUGCAUCUCCAUGGUUAUCCUCUACAGACUUUUUCUAUCUCAUAGUCUAUAUUGGGAAGUAUCUUCACUGUCAUCAGUGACGUUGCCACUAACAGUGUCCUCUGGACAUAAAAACCGACAUCACUUCUGAGAUGUUUAGGAAGAACACAUUAUGUAAUAAAUGUGCAAUAAUAACUUAAAUAUACAGGUAUUUUUGUCACAGGUGUGUGAUACAUUGGUUUCGCUGGA